AUGACUACGCACCUCCCUGCCCCAACCCCAACUCCCACUCCCUCCAAGGCUAAUGCCACAGUAGCAAUGACACCAACAAAAACUCUUGCUUCGACAAUCACUCCUCCCUCUUCUUCCUCCCACCCCUCUACUUCACCCACUACCACAACAACAACUACGACAACAACAGCUCCUACCUCUACCACUCCUUCCCCUACUUCGGCAGUAACCAACGCCCUCUUCCAAAGAAACCCCUCUAUCCGCAUCAAGAAGGAAAAGAAAAAGUCGUCCAAGGGCGACAAGGACAUAGACAGGAGCCAUGACAACAACAACAACAACAACCAUAUCCACUUGAAGCGCUCUCGGUCGCCCAUCAAACUCAUCAAGAACAUCAGAUCCUACCUCCACGUCCACAAGCACAAGUACUCUUCCUCGUCUGUCUCAUCAAUCUCAACCAGCAACAACACCCUCCUCUUCAGUGGCAGUGCCAAUGGAACCCUCGCCCCGCCUUCUCGAAGCUCUUUCGACGGCACCUCCUCAAACCAAUACCGCUCAACCUCCCUCCCGUCCUCGUCGAUUCUCUCGGCUGCAGCAAGUCAGUUGGCUCAGGAGAACCUUACAGCAGCAGCAGCUGGUGUUCCGUCUCGAGUGCCCAGGGAGAAACAGCGGUCAGAGGCGAUGGACCUGGAGAAGCAAGUCCUCUUGCUUCGAGUCAUGUCUUAUUUUGAGCAUGCAGGACACCGUGCCGACGAGGAGACGGCAGAGUACCUUUUGAGUUCAUAUCAGUGGAACAUUGACCACACCCUACAGUAUUGUCAGGAUUUGCUUCAGGCUGUCCAUGGCACCCUCGUGCCAGUCCAACAAGAGAUUGUCCUCGGCGGAGCUGUCAACGACCAAAUGACUAGCUGUUAUAUCGAUGCCCUACUAUUUGCCAUGUUUGCAAGAUUAUCAGCGUUCGAGGGUCUAUUAAACGUCAACUUGGAUGCAGAGAGCGACAGCGACAGCGAGGAGAGUGGAACUGGCGCACCAGAUACUGGACCCUCCAAGAAGGACGAGGAGCGCCUUCACACUCAUCGAUUGCAGACGUGGCUCCGUAUGUUUGUCAACCAAUUGCGAUCGGGACGGCUGAUUCAGGCGCAUGUUGUCAAGGAACUGCGCCAGCACCUGUACUGCUGUGGAUGGAAUUGUCCAGGACCUAUGGACCCGCCUGGAAGCAGUCGACAGGAGGAUUCGAGCGAGCUGUUCAUGUUCCUUACCGAGAAACUGCAUCUCCCCUAUCUCCCACUAGAGCAGAGGCUGUUGCACGGCGCCAAGAUCUCUGUAGACGACGAUAAAGUGAUUACGGAGCGGAUGCUGCAGAUCAGUAUUCCAACGCCCGAUCAACCUGCCGCGUCUCAGGUGUCCAAACUAGGAUCAACAUUUUCAAAGCUCUUGUCGCCCUCCAAACCGACUGACAGCAAUGGAAGCAUCAGCAUCCAGACCGUGCCGUCGUCGAUGCUCGAGGUCCUUUCUCUCGAAAGUCUUUUAACGCAGUACUUUUACGACAACACUCUGACGGGAAUCCGGCGAACAGUUUCUUCAGGAACAGGAGUGCCACUCUCCCCGGGAGUUGAGAUCCCCGUCUCGGCAUGGCAGGUUCUGGAACUAUUGCCGUUCUAUUCGUCAUCGAACGAGCAAGGCGGAGUCAUCCAUGCGAGUCGGUCUCAGUACCCUUCGGGUGUUUUGAUCUUACCGUUAAUCUUGAAGCGGUACUCGUUUGGACAGGACAUGCAAGCACGGCGCAUUGGAACACCCAUUGAUAUUCCUCGGCGGAUCGAUUUCUCGCGCUUUGUCAACCCUCAGACGACCGUAUCACCACCUCCACGCAUGGCUGCUGCCGCCGGACCAGGCAGUGGAGCGACCCCUAAACCCACACCUGCGCCAACGCCUGCACCUGCGCCAACGCCUGCACCAGCGCUGGAAUCAGUACCAGCGUCAGGAUCAGCACCAGUCCCAGCAUCGAUUGAUACCACCCCCACCUUCACCACCACUGUACUCCCACCUCCUCUUUCUAUCCCUGAAAACCGACCGACACUCGGCGCAUCCUCCUCAGUCCAAGGGUUAUCUGCGAUCAGUAUAAACACUCAGAUUCCACCUAUCCGCAAGUAUUCGAUGUCGCUUCUACAACCUGCAGAGUCUCCCAGGACUCCCAUCACCCCACCACCCCAAUACUCGCCCGCACAACAGCAACAACAAGGCCGAGGAGGAGACCACCGCGACGAGAAGAAGGGCUGGUCCCCUCUGCCGCGCGAGAACGCUCAGCUGGACUAUAUGGACUACUCGCCCCCCAAGGUCAAAUACAUGCUUGAGCUCAAGUCGGUCGUCUGUCAUGUGGGAUACCGUCUGGAUUCUGGUCACUACCGCAGUUAUGUCGCCGAUACUGCUAGUAGUUCUGAACAGCAGCAGCAACAACAUCAUCCAUUGGCGUUCCAGGAACCCAAUUGGUUGCGACAUGAUGAUUUGGACCCGUCUGGUCAGCGGGUCCAGUUGAUUACUCGGGACUCACCCGAGGAUAUGGAUAUGGAGGCUGAUUGGGCCCGGAACGGGUAUAUCCUGUUCUAUGAGCUCCAGACUGUUCAGUGUUAG